AUGGUUUCCACACACGCGAUAUCAACCAACAUCAACACAUCAACAACGACGAAGACACGACACGUUUCCCGCUAAGACUAACCAUGGUCCAGAGCUAUGAAGCGAAUGUCCAAUAUUCUGCUGCUAUGAAGCUGUCGCUCCUCUGCCUCGGAGGUGCGGCUGCGUUCAUGACGCCGCCUUCGCUGGUGACACAUCCACAACACAUGCGCAGCAGCGGUGCAUCGCGUGGAGCAGCCGCAGCUGUUGCGCCACGCCGGUUCGUCUUGAGCAUGGCGAAUGACGAGGCGAGGGAGUCUGCCGUAGCGUCAAGCGGCGCUGAAGAGGCUGCGGAAAAAGCAGCGAAGUUGAGGGCAUUUGCUGCGGAGCUCCGGUUGCAGGCGGAGGAGUUGGAGUCAAAGAGGGACUCGGAGAAGCAGCAGGCGGCGAAGGAGGCGUUCGAUUCUUUCGACACGAACGACGACGGGACGGUGGACGUGAAGGAGUUGAUCGCAGGGUUGGAGGGGCAGCUCAGGAAGGACUUCAUCAAGCGCAUGACCAAGACGAUGAAGAGGAAGCCUUCUCCGGCUGAGGUCGACGAACGGAUUUCGGAAAUGCCCGGUGGAAGUCUGCUCCCGAUGGAGCUGGCGCAAAAGCUGAUCGAGAGUUACGACACCAACGGAGACGGGGUCCUCCAGCCGUCAGAGUUUGCCUCCAAGGCGGACAUGCGGGUCAGGCUAGACAGCCUUUUUGCCGACCGUGCACAGGCGGCUCGGUUGGAAGCGGCCGCCGCAAGAGAGAGGGAAAUCGAGAAGAGGGGGGCAGACAAAGCGCGGCAGGAAGCCAAGGCCAGGGGGCUAGCCCUACCAGAGGACUUCAACGACGGCCCCCCCACCAUCACAGACAAGCUCCUGUCGGUCCUACCGUACACUCUGCCUCUGAUGGACAGCCUCGUAUUCGGAGCCCACAUCUUCCAGACAUUCCCUACUCAGUUGAGCUUCUUGGAGCCUCUGGUGGCGAUUUUGCUCAUCUACCGGUCGCUUCCCUUUAGCGGACUGAUCCUGUUCUUCGGCCUGCAAUGGUUUGCUGCGAAGCCGGAGGUGAACAAGCUGGUGCGGUUCAACCUCCGGCAAGCGGUCAUCAUCGACAUCGCCAUGUUCUUCCCGUCCAUAUUCGCCUUCAUCAUCACGUCCGUCCUUGGCGAGGACUCGGCGAAACUCGCACCCCUCGCGACCGUCUGCAGCGACGUCAUCUUCGUUACGGUGGUGGCCUGCGUGCUGUACUCGAUAGCUUCGUCCGCCAUCGGGGUAAUGCCGGAGUCGUUGCCCAUUCUCGGGAAGAUGAACAGGGAGAGCACUCGCGCCGAGGAGGACGAUGGCGAGAAGAAGGACGGCGAGAAAAGCGACGAGUAGGGGAAGUCCUUCGAGCCUGUUGGGGUUUCAUGUGCUGUGUAACGAUCGGGAGUAGAUCUCAACAGGCUACCGUGGACGUGGUUAGAGUAUUAUUGAGCCUGGCGGGCUUUAGAGAUUAGAGACGGAGGGUUCUGCCGGAGGUGCGCCGUGCGUGUGCGAUUGUGCGAAUAAAAAACGUAGAGCUGGGGGCUUGUGCUUUGAUUCAUGGAUAGACAGUUGCCCUGGAAAGCAGUGGUACCGACAGGCUGGGCUCUAGCAGGCCAAUGCGAAAGUGGAAUGGGAUGGGAUGGGAUGGGAUGGGAUGGCCCGUGAACCUCUGUGACGAAACGAGGGGUGACUCGACGACUGCUUUGUGUGGCACCCGAGUUUUGAGUGUUGUCAAGCUGUUCUUCUGUUUUUUUCACUUCAGCGUGGUAGAAUACCUUCGUCUUGGUCGAAUUGGCGCCACGACUAUGUCGCCGUGCUUAGCUCUUCACACAAAGAAGUGCUUGUCCAGACAAGCGUGUCGUUUUCACUUUCUUUGGUUCAACCAAAAGCACGUCCUGAGAAGUUGUAAGUAUGUUCGUUAGGAUUUAGUGGGGUCUCCAUGGUUGGUGCAGGCCACUACAUAGCUUGAGCAAAUGUUCAUGUCGUGAGCAGAUGGCGUACCACCCCUCCGGGGAUAGUCGUUAUGUCCUACAAUGCCACACCUCGCCAGCAUGGUUGUUUGGUCACCUCGGUAGUUGGCUAGUUGCUUUGGCGACAAGCUUUGCCUAGAAAAAGUACGGGAUGAUGGGAGAACUUUCACUGUUGAGUGCUGUUUUGGCGGUCUGUCGGCGCUUUCCGACGCCGGCUUAGACGACGCGCUUUGUCGAGUUUGUUGUUCAGAAACGAGCUUAGCGUCUACGCACGAGCAUUGCCGUAGAGAGGGGUAGUUGUGCUGAGGCAUACCCGUGGCGGUUGGUGUGUGAAUGGUUCCUCGGAAACUCACUUACCGCGGGAUCGACGCAGUCGAAUGUGUUUCUUUCCUCGCUGAAGCUUUCCAUACUGUUGGAGAAUUUGCCGAAUUGUGUACGAUUUCUUCUUGUCCCGCGAAAGAUCUGAAAUUCCGUCUUGUUGCCCACGAUCGGUGUUGCUCCGUGAAGCGUGUAGCUUAUGGUACCAUGAGAACCGGAAGUGCACGAGACAUGGAAUGAAAAGACGAAAACCAGUGCGAAUUGAUGCAAUGACACGUCCACUUCAUUCGUAUGAUAUGGUUGGACGCAUGUAGAUGUGGUGGUUGAAAGGACUACGUCGGCGCCCGGAGCCACGAAAAUAGCACGUGUCCAACCAAUGACCUUGACAAUGUGAGCUAGGGUAUGGAAGACAGGGGAGAGAGGGAAUGGCAGAAUGCUCCCGGCAGGGCGUCUGCCGCCAACAACGGCAAUGGCAUGGCAAACACGCCGAUAAAUAUGCAGGAUGGGUCGAAAUCCCGAAUUACAGAUGACAACGCAGUGAACUAAGAGC